AUGAAGCCCACUACGAUCCUCCGGCUCUUGGGCCUGUUGGCAAUGACGGGUCUCACCACCGCACUCCCGCUCGAAGCCACGACAGACGACCCUCGCUUCCGUUCGAGCAACUACUGGGCCGACAACAAAAAAUGGAACCAAGGCAGAGACUACGCCUUCGAAGUCGUGGACCUCAUGUCCCACAUCAGCAUAGGCCGCUUCCCCUUCCUUGACCCUGGCUAUGGCGAUUACAGCAAAUUCAGCCGCGAGCACUACGCUGAACUGGUCGAGCGCUACUUUGGCUACAGCUCGUAUACUGUCGUCGAGAACGUUCUUCUUCCUAUGUUCUCGCGUAUGCAGGAAGGACUAAUGCGAAACGAGAGAGGUCCUAAAGGUCCGUUGGAGUAUCGGUAUGAUCGUGGCGACAAGGGCUUCACGGGAAGUGCAUACACUGAGGACGAUGUCAUCCGUUUCGCGAACCAAGCUUUGGUCAAGCACCCUUUCGUCGACAAAAUACCUGACCGGGCUCGGGUCUGGAUUCACGAAAUGACACAUCUCAACUGGGUCAACGGAGGCUUGGGAGAUGUUGGAGUCCACGACACCCCAACCUCCUCAAUCUACUACAUCGCCGACUCCCUGAGAGAAAAAGCCGCACCACUCGACUCCAUCUACGGUGAAACUCUCACCCAGUACCUCGCACAAUGCUACCCGAACAAAGCACCCUUCAACUCCGACAACGUCGCUCGCUUCGCGAUGGCUGUGCACCAUGCCGCUCGUACCGGCAAGAUGCCCAGGGCAGCAAAGAUUGGAGACAGAUGCCCAUACAGUCGUCAGGGUCCCCACCCGUACUUUGACUUGCCGAGUGUGCCACGUCUCUCGCGGGAGAUUGGGGGUUCUGUCGAGAUUGUCAAGCAGGAUGGGACAGUUAUCAACGUAGGUGGGAAGGAGGACGACGGUGAUCAGUCAACGGGGUUGCGGCUGGGUCCCGUCGGCGACAAGGGUUGA